GGUUCCCUCGCCAAACCCACUUCUUUUCUUCUCUCUGGAGAUAAAAUGGCCGCAGCUAAAGGAGUGAGCCUCAACCAUAUUUCCCGAGAAUCCUCCGACGUCACACGCCUCGCUAAUUUCUACAAAGAGAUAUUUGGGUUCGAGGAGAUAGAGACUCCGAACUUCGGCGAAUUCAAGGUUAUAUGGCUGAAUCUGCCGUCGGCUUUCUCUCUCCACCUCAUCGAGAGAAAUCCGGCCACGAAGCUUCCAGAAGGUCCUUGGAGCGCCACGUCGGCCGUCGCCGACCCCAGCCAUCUCCCCAGAGGCCACCACAUCUGCUUCUCCGUCGACAAUUUCGAUUCUUUUGUCCAAACUCUCAAGGACAAGGGAGUCGAGACAUUUCAGAGUUCUGUGCCAAGUCGUGGAGUGAAGCAAGUUUUCUUCUUUGAUCCAGAUGGGAAUGGAUUGGAGGUGGCUAGUAAAGACACGCAAAAGCAAUAAACUUGUGUGUUAGAACCAUAAUCGUUUUGUGAUUAAAAAUGGAGGGCAAGUUUUGCUUAUGAAUUAGUAGUGUCUUGGCCUUAAGAGUUUUUAUGAAAUUGUUAGUGUCUUAACAUGAAAACUUGUAAUGAGAUGGAUAUAGAAUGGUUGUAGAAGUUGGGAAUGGUUUAUCCGCAAGCUUUGUGAGACCAAUAACUGAAGUGGUUAAUAGUUGCUUUUGUUUCUCUCGUGUUAGUGUAUCAAUCAGCAGUUUUGUCAUUUUUUUUUUU